AUGGUGGGAACACAUUGGGCGUAUGCCGGGGGCGAGGCAAACACGUGUGCUCUGGAUCCUGCAGCUAGCGAGGCUGGGAGCCGUAUUUCAACAGCGUAUACCGCUAGAGAUGCGAUGAAAAUAGUUGACGCUCUUGAUGAUGACGGAAUGCUGAGAUAUUGGGGAACUUCUUAUGGGACAAUUUUGGGCGCAACCGUGGCUGCCAUGUUCCCUGAACGUAUGGACAAAGUUGUGCUUGAUGGAGUCGUGAAUCCACAUGAAUGGUACUACGGCCUGAAUUCCGAAUGGGCCAUGGAUGCCGAUUCCAGUCUCGACGCAAUAUUUCAGACCUGUCUCAAUUCUGGAGAUAGCUGCCCAUUUUCUGGUGGCAACCAGACAGUGGACAGUCUUCGUGAGGAAUUCUUUUCGGUCAUGGAAGAGGCGAAAUUGCGUCCGAUACUUGUGGGAUCUACAGUCAUCGACAGGACGGCGAUAGCUGCGGCAGUUCGCCCACAGCUGAACGACCCGAGGACCUGGCCUUUGCUCACAGUGUGGCUCAACGAUCUCUUUACAAGAAACGAAACCGGCAUUACUCUCGGAUACUUGCAGCUGCUGGGUGUUGAGACUGAUGGCGCCGGCGAGGAUACAGGUGAUGCCGGGGAUGACUCCGCGACCGGUAUCCAAUGCGCCGACGCUGGAUUUCGCACCGAUGACUUGGAAGUCUUCCAGCCGGCAAUCGACAAGAUCACGAAUGCCAGCCGCACAACUGGACUUGUGCUGAUCAAAGUCCAAAUGAAGUGUGCCCAGUGGAAAAUCAAGCCCAAGGAAAGGUACGAGGGGGGCUUCAACAAUAUCAAAACCAAGAACCCGAUACUCGUCUUCACCCACUCUUUAGAUGGGUCAACCUCACAUCUGUCGGCAGAAAAUGUCACCGCAAGCUUUGAUGGUAGCGUUCUGUUGAAAUCCAACGGCUAUGGACAUGGUUGGAGAGCUCAGCCGUCAGUUUGCACUGCAAAGGCCAUGCAGAAGUACUUCGACCAAGGACAACUUCCGGACCCUGACACCGUAUGCGAUGUCGACGUUACACCGUUCAAAAACGUCACAGGUGUGAUGGCGUCGUGGAACCAGUUGCUGCCCCAGAUUGGCUUCGAAUCGGAGUAA